AUGGAGUGUACUCUCUCAAAUAAAACGCUUUCUCCAUUCAGAGCCGAAGCACAACGACUACUGACUCAUUUUGAUGAUGCAACGAUUUUCCAUACCGGUCGAACCAACAACAGAUAUGUUGACUGCCUAACGACUCUUGCCUCCAAGAUGCAAUUUGAGGGAGCAGAGAAAGAUAUCAUGGUGCAGAGGCGUGCUGUGUCAUAUACCUGGAUCACUCAAGUUGAAAGCGUUCAAGCGAACGACUGGCGAGCACCUAUCAUUCAUGAAUUGAGCAGUUCUCUGUCAGAAGGGAAGGUCAGCCUCAAGGAUUUAAAGAAUUACUUCUUGCUUCAUGGAGCAUUGUACUAUCGAAAUCCUGAUGGGUCUUUAUCACGAUGCCUCGGAGACGAAGAAGUGAACGAGCAACUCAAACGCAUACAUGAGGAAAUAUGCGGACAAAAAUUGGUGGUUACACUCUACAGAAGGCUUCAAAGGCUCAGAUACUAUUGGCCUUCCAUGGAGGCUCAAUCAAGAAUUCUAAAGGAUCUUGUCCCAAUUGUCAGAUGCUUCCUCAUCAUUUAUCGGCCUUGA